CUCCUUCAUCCUCUACCCUUUUUUCUUUAGCCAAUUGAUUCCCGAAUCCACCUCGGAGCCGCUCGUGUUGCUUUGCGUUGGAGCAGCAUCAGCAGCAGUCAUCAUGGCAUCCGAAAAGAAGCCAGCGCUCGGCUCCGUCAUGGUCAUUGGCGGCUGCGGCUUCCUUGGCCACCACGUCGUCCGCUUGUUGCUGCGCGACUACACCUGCUCCGUGUCCGUAAUCGACCUGCGUUGCACGCGCAACCGGAGGCCCGACUCCGACGGCGUAGCAUACUACGAAGCCGACAUCACCGACGCCGACAAGCUCCAGACCAUCUUUGCCAAAGUCAAGCCGGAUGUUGUCAUCCACACCGCGUCGCCCCCGGCGCAAUCCAACGACACCAUCGUGUCGCGCGAGUUUUUCAAGAAGGUGAAUGUCGACGGGACAGCGGCCGUCAUCAAGGCGUGUCAGCAGACGGGCGUCAAGGCGCUGGUGUACACGAGCUCGGCCAGCGUCGUCAGCGACAACAAGAGCGAUCUGAUCAACGUCGACGAGCGGUGGCCGUUGGUUCGGGGCAGCAAGCAGACCGAAUACUACUCGGAGACAAAGGCAGCCGCCGAAGAACUCGUCCUCGCGGCCAACCGGGCCCCGGACGCCCCCAAGCUGCUGACGUGCGCCAUCCGGCCCUCCGGCAUCAUGGGCGAGGGCGACACCCAACUCCUGCUCAACCUUAUAAAGGUCUACCAAGACGGCCGAACAAAUGUGCAGGUCGGCGACAACGAUAACCUCUUCGACUUUACCUACGUCGAGAACGUCGCCCACGGCCACCUCCUCGCCGCCCGCGCCCUCCUCAUGACCGCCGCGUCCAAGACGAUCCCGCUGGACCACGAGAGGGUCGACGGCGAGGCCUUCUUCAUCACCAACGACAGCCCCGUCUACUUCUGGGAUUUCGCCCGCGCCGUCUGGGCUGCUGCCGGCUGUCCCCACGGGACGGAGCACGUGAAGGUCCUCCCACGCAGCGUCGGCCUAGUUCUGGGUUAUCUCAGCGAGUGGUUCUUCUGGGCUAUCAACAAACCGGCCACCUUCAGCCGCCAGCGCAUCGUCUACACCUGCAUGACGCGGUACUUUAACAUCUCCAAGGCGAAGAGGAGGUUGGGCUAUCAGCCGCUGGUGAGCUUGGAGGAGGGCAUCAAGAGGUCGGUGAAGUGGACACUGGAGCAGCAGCAGCAGACCGCCCAGAAGCUUAAUUAGGAGGGGAGGGUACGGGGAUUGUAGACCCCGCGAUUCAAGAACAGAGGAAAGGAUCCCUUAUAGGGACAAUCUGGUACACCGGAUCUGGAGCGUUUGUACUCGCCAGCAUUUGUAAUGAUGAUGAGGGACGCACCAUUAUUUACAUUUUAUGUCUAAUGUACGGAGGUUGGUUUAGAGAGACGUUGCAGUGCCAUGCCAAGGUUGGGCACUUGACAACAUACGGAGUACACACCCGAUCUCAUUUUAUACUGUAAUUUGCAUGCUAUAAAGAUCUACAGUACGGAGUAAUAAUGGCAAUCCAAGAAAGAAGUUGAGGGUG